AUGGCUUGUAUUACUUUCCCCAAGUAUUCUAUUUCUUUAAAUGGCUCCCUCCAUGGCUAUUUCAAAGGAGAAAGAGGCUUAAGACAAGGUGACCCCCUCUCACCUUACUUGUUCAAUCUGGGUAUGGAAUAUCUCUCAAGGCAGUUGGAUAUGCUUAAGGAUGACAGGUCUUUCAAAUUCCAUCCUAGAUGUGGUAAUCUUAAAAUCACUCAUCUAAUUUUUGCAGAUGAUCUUCUCCUCUUCUCCAAAUGUGACCUUCAUUUAGUUAGGUUGCUCUACAAUUGCUUCAAGGACUUCAAUGUAGUUUUAGGACUAGAAGCUAAUCCUGGGAAAUGCAAAAAAAUUUAUGGAGGCAUUGAUGAAAAUCUAAAAGGCCUUGUUUCUAACCUUCUGAAUUUCUCUGAGGGUGUCUUGCCCAUCACAUAUCUGGGAGUUCCUCUGAUAUUGAGAGUGCUCCAGAAAAUAGAUGAAUUGUGCGGGAAUUUUAUGUGGGGAAAAUCUGAGCAGGUUCAUAAAAUUCCUCUUAUUUCAUGGGAUAAAACCUGCUUGAAUAAGAAGUUUGAUGGUCUAGACAUCUAUUCUGCUUCUACAUGGAGUAUGGCUACAACACUGAGGUUACUCUGGAAUAUCCAUGUCAAUAAAGAAAAUCUAUGGAUCAAGUGGAUACACGACACAUAUUUAAAAAACAAUGAUGUUCGGCAUGUUCAGGCAAAUAAUAGUGAUUCAUGGAUGUGGAAGCAGAUUUUGAAGGGAAGUUUGGGUCAUGGUUAUGGAUUGGUUACAGUUCAGGUGGAGAUCGUGCAAUUGGAAUCAAAUUUUAAACUGGUUUUGUACCAGGCUGAGGGGGAGAGGAUUCAAGAAAAAGCUAAAGAAAAUGGCUCUUGCCUCAACAAUUUAUAG